AUGGCAAAUAGCCCACCAGAAAAGCGUCGAUGUAUGAAAGAUGAGAAGAAAGAUGAUGUUGAUAAGACGAAAGAUACGGGAAAAGAUGGUGAUAACGUGAAAGAAACGAAAAAAGAUGAUAAUGAUGAUGCUGCGUUGCUGUCACAAGCUAUGGAUGAAGGAGAUUGGAUUGCUCCAACUCAGCCUGAUAAAGCAUCGUUUUUGUCGGAUGCUUUGAGAGAAGGCCUACUGAAACAGUUUAAUGAAAUACCGUUUGCUGGAGAUGCAUAUAUGCUAACACAAGAAAUCAAUAGGCUAAGAAAACAACUCAGUGAUUCGCUUGGAGAAAAUCAGAUGCUGAUAUAUAAAGUUAAAAAUUUGAAUCGGGAGAACGCACUGCUGCAGGAUAAUCUGAUUCAAAUACAUCAGACCUUCGAACAGAGGUUUCUUGAGCAGAAAAGUGACUUUGAAAAAACUGAGAGAGAUAUGCGCAAUGUGAUCACUUAUCAGGAACAAGAUUUAAGAACCAUGGAAUUUCGGGAUCGUUUGAAUAAUUCGGCAUCAGUCGCUGCGGAAAUUGGUCAUUCUGAGGUUUCUUUGCUUUUUAAGCAGCUGUGGAAUUUGAUUGAGAUAUCGAAAAAGGCAAGUGGCAGUGGACGUCAAGAAUCACCCAUAAUUCGACUCAAAAAAGUUUCCAUACCAAGCUUUCGACGGGGAAAUUGUUUUCCAAGAACUUUGAAUGAUUCGCCAAUAUUACGAAAAGCUUUUACUCACUGCAAAUUAGUCUUAAAUGAUACUUUCCGUGCAGUUGAUAGUCAAGGAAAAUCUGUUAGCAAUACUACGUUCAAUCAACACGACAACAACGAGACAGAGGGUAAUCGAAUUAUGCAAACUUCUCAGCAGAAAAUGCAAACUUCAAGUCCUAAUUCAUACAAUUGUCUGGCGUACCUUCGUCCAGACAAUCAGCUUCCUCAACUUUAUGGCACAUGUGAUGAAUUGAUUACACUGGGCUUCCGCAAUAUUUCUUCAGAGCUGUUAAGAAACCGUGAAUUGAAGACGACUCGGCUUAUGCGUGAUAUUAUUGUAGAGCCACGAAAACGAUGGUGCCGCUAA